AUGCAAGAUUUUGAUAUCGAUUCGAUUCAUUCAAAAUCAUGUUUAGUUUCUUCCAAAUCAUCAUAUAUUUCAGAUGAUGGAUUUGUUGUUCUUGAUAAAAAAUGUUCAGAUUGUAAAGAAAAAAAAUGUAUUUGUGUUAGACUAAAUAAUAUUAUACCAAAUUAUAUAACUAAACAAAAUGCAUUUUUAACUAAUGGUGUUUCUAUCUAUAAGGAUGAAGAAUUACGAAUGGAUGAUAAUUUAUCAUUAUACAAAGAAACAUUAGAAAAAAUGAAAAAAAAUGGAUUUUCUGUUGAUGCUCUUUUUACACAAGUUUGUGCAGAAAUCAAAAUUAACAAAAAUUUGUUAAAUGAAAAUAAAGAUAAUAUUAGUAAAUUUGAAAAAAAUAUAUGUAAUUUUAGUCUUCUUAUUAUUGUUAAUGAAGAUAAAAAAGUUUGGAUCAGUCAAC